AUGCUAUUUCACUCUUCGAAAGCAUGGUGGCUAAUUUUGUUAUAUUAUUAUUUUAAAAUACAAAUUAAGUGCCACCUAGAUGGCCUGAAACCUCCAGAAUGUGACGUGUCCAUUGAUACGGCAAUUUGUAUUAAUAAUGGAAAAAAAAUAUUGUUACCCGAAGCAAAACCAUAUGGCAUUUCUACUCACAUAAACUUCGACGGUUUGUUACCAGUAGAUGCUACUGGUAACAGGAACCAUGCUGUCGGAAAUUUUUUUGCGUCCACUGGAUUUGGGGGCAUAGGAAAUUCUUCUCUGUUUCGAAAAAAUUAUAUUUACAUUCCACACUCUGAUGAGUAUUUUAAAACGGUUGAUUUUUCAUACACCUUUUUUAUCUACUUACUGAUGGACGAAAUUUCGAUAAAAAAUAACAUGGAAGAAACGUUUUGCCCCGUAAUCCAUAAGGGUAUCAUAAAAGACAAAAUCCAGGAGUCUUCCCCAGCUAUAUUAAUAAAUGCAAAAAACGGAAGAAUAAAAAUUGUUUUGAGCACCUCCUCUAGCAUUAAUUCAUCUGGUGAAGAGUUUUUGAGCAAUUUCAAAUUAAGGCACCAUCAAUGGUACCAUAUUGCAGUUGUCAGACAUAUUAAUUACGUAAGACUCUUUGUAAACGGAAUUUUGGACUCAAGUUUUUUAACCGAAGGAAUAACAAAAACGAAUGAUUUUCCCAUAUAUAUAGGAGGGGCACCUUAUUCAGUAGAUGUUUGUGAUUUCCCCUUUUUACUUGAUGAAUUAAAAAUUUAUAAUUUAAGCAUUGGAGUUGAUCAUAUCCAAAGUGAAGCAUCAUCAACUCUGAAUGGAAUAGAACCAUCUUUUAUAUAUUUCGGCUGUUUUCAUUGUGAUAUUAAUAAUGCUAUUUUGUCUUGUCCUAAUAAUUAUCAUUUAUGCAAUAAGGUAGAAUUAUAUAUUGGUGUUUAUAAUGUUAUGAGGAAGUUUUCACUAAAUAUAAAUAAUGUCAUAUUGCCAUUUUCACCAGAAAAUCAUAUGGGCAUAGGCUUAUGUUGUGCCGAUAUGUAA